AUGAUUCGCUUCAUUCUCGUCCAGGUCAGUCGAGCAUACCCACCUUCCCUGGCAUCUGAGUCAACAGCUGAAGCUGCUUCCCCCGCCCAUCUCAUCGUCAUCAUCGGCCACUCGGUCGUACGACCUACUGACCUCCUAUUCUCCACUUGGUACGACCGACGCAAACGCUUCAUCUAGAACCGGCAAGGAAAGACACGAUUAUCAAAGUGGUGUAAGCAGUGGUCACAUUCUAUCUAUCCCGAGUCCCGUGCUCUCCCUUUCCCCCCCCCCCACCUCAGCUCGGGGAUGGUGUACGACCUUCGAUCCCGGAGCCCCUGUGCCCGCGAGGAUGGAGUCUGCGUGAUCUUUUUCAUCCUGAAAUAAAGCUGAACACCCACUAAUCUGUCAGAUGUUCCCCUGGACGACCAAGAGAAACAAUCGAUGCGCGGCGAGAUCCACCGUCUCAUCGCGCCGAGGGACCAAAAGUACCAAUCCAAUUUUGCCGAAGUAAGACCCCCGACCCACCUUCUACUCCCCCCACAACUUUUCAUUUUCUCCUACUGACCUCUCCACUCUUCUUCCUCUUCAUAUCCGACUCGCAGUUCCGGAACCACAAGAUCGUGUACCGUCGCUACGCGGGCCUCUUCUUCACCUUUUGCGUCGACGCGAACGACAACGAACUCGUAUGGCUCGAGGCGAUUCAUCUCUUCGUCGAAGUACUAGGUACGCCCCUCCCCUUUGAUUUGAUACCUGCCCCCAAGUCGUGAAACUAACCUUUCCCCUUCCUCUUAUCCCGCCCGACGUCCGAACAGACGCCUUCUUCGGCAACGUGUGUGAACUCGACCUCGUCUUUCACUUUUACAAAGUCUACGCCAUCUUGGACGAGAUCUUCCUGGCCGGAGAAGUGGAGGAGACGAGCAAGGCCGUCAUUUUGGAUCGGUUGGAUUAUUUGGACAAGUUGGAGUGA